AGCAUAACAAAAUCUGAUGGGAGCUACGAGGAUAGGAUAGGAUAGGUGGUGGUACAGGAACCACCGACAUCGGCGUUUGACCCAUUGUCUGCCAAGACAACCAAAAUUACAGCUGUCACGGCAAUACUUUUGAAUGAUGGAAUGCAACUGUGGAUUAAGACAUCGAAAAGCUCGAUGGUAUUACUGCCAUACCUGUCAUAUACAGGGACACUGAGAUCAAUUUGUUUGCUAGCUCUCUAACAAAUGUCGAUGUACUUCUAGCGAUUCUAACUAGCUAUAACUAAGCAGGCUAGCCGUAGCAAGAUAGACAGGCUGCUAGCAUUCAUAUCUGUCUCUAUUAUGUUAGCUUGCUAGCCAUUAAACUUUCUUGUCAUUGACAUUUCAGAAUUUCUUGCUUAUUAUUCGUAGCAUUCUAAGCGGCUAACCAGUGAUAGCUGUCAUUCACAAGAUAACUGCAAGCUAACAUUAAUCCAGCUACCCAGGUAGUUUGGUUGACUGGCUGGGACGUUAACACGUUAAUACGCUGACUUUUCAAUGCAAAUGGGUUGCAACGCUAGCAAGCAUUCAGAGAUAGUUUAAACCUAUUAGCAGGACGAUUGGUCCUACCUUUAACGUUACUGUUUCUUUCUUUCUUUUUUAUAUAGCAGCAGCAUUUUGUCAGUCGGGCAGACAUUAUUUAUCUUUCACUAUCACUAAUGUUAAGUCAUCUUACAGUCACACUGUAAUGUUAACUUAACAUUUCGUUUCGGUUAAGAUUUGCUCACCCUAAUCUAUGUUAAACGCUAGAAGCUAACGUUAGGCUUACUACUUGUCCGACAUGACUAACUGUUAAUGUUAUCAAUUUGUUAUUUGAUAAUACUCCACAUAUCUAAUCAGCAUAGCGAACUGGCUAGCUGCUACCGUUGAAUUAUCCAUCAUAACAGUUAACGUCAGAUCAUCCUGCUUCCUCUUAGUCAAUCGAUGUAGAUAUGCUGUGUCUAGUUAGCAAACGUUAAAGCCAUUUUCACAAAUCGUCGGUUAUUGUCAACCUCCGAAGAAAGGAAGAUAGCAUUAGCUAUACAGCCAACAUUUAUCAACGUGUUAGUCAUAUCAGACAGCAAAAUAUUCAGUUAACAGUAACAAUAGUGAGCUAGCUUCGCUAGCCAGGGUGCAGUGCAGAAGAUAUGGCAGCAGACCUUCAAUCAAAAUAUACCAAACUGGCCCAGGAGUAUUCAAAGCUCCGGGCCCAGAACCAAGUCCUGAAGAAAGCUGUGGUGGAUGAGCAGGCCACCUCUACUUCAGUGAAGGAUGAGCUGAAGCAGAGGGAGCAGAGCCUGAGGAAGGUGGAGCAGGAGAUGGACAGCCUCAGCUUCAGGAACCAGCAGCUGGCCAAAAGGGUGGAGCUUCUCCAAGAGGAGCUGUUGGUCUCUGAGGCAAAGGGCAAGAAGAACAAGAGUAAAGGAGACUCGCCCUCCCAGCCGAACCUGCAGACUCAGAUUGUGUUUGAUGAGGACCUACAGAAGAAGAUUCAGGAGAAUGAGAGGCUCCACAUUCAGUUUUAUGAGGCCGACGAGCAGCACCGGAGGCAGGAGGCUCAGCUGAAAGCUCGCCUGGAGCAGCUGGAGAAGGAGUCCGAGCAGCACCAGGCUGUGGUGGAGGGCCUCACCAGCAAGUACAUGGAGACCAUCGAGAAGCUGCAGAGUGACAAGGCGCGAUUAGAGGUCAACGCUCAGACAUUGGAAAGGGAAGCCAAGGACUGUCGAAUACGCACAGAGGAAUGUCAGCAGCAGCUGAGGAAGUACCAGAUGGAGCUGAACCGGCAGCUGAAACAAAGCAGCAGUGUCAUCCAGGAGAAAGUGCCCUUCAACGACACCAAAUUGAGUGAUUACAACAGCUUGAACGUUCCUCCGCACAACCGGAGGCACCAGCUGAAGGCUCGUGAUGUGGCGGGACAGGCCCUCGGGUUCGUCCAGAACCUGGUAGCUGCCCUUCUCAACCUCCACUCCUACACUGACCAGAGGGUGCACAUCUACCCCCUGGACUCGUCCAUAGAGACCAUCUCCCCUCUCAACCAGAAGUUCUCACACUACCUGAACGAGAACGCGGCGUACGUGCGCCCACUUGAAGACGGCCUUUUGCAGCUGCACCAAAGCAUCACGGAAGACACUGUAACCAUGCUGGAGACGGUUAACAAACUGCAGGACUUCUCAAAGUACUUCACCGCCUACACACACUUCCUUCAGAAGAUCUUGCCCUACCAACUCAAAAGUCUUGAGGAAGAGUGUGAAGCCCCUCUCUGCAGCACCUCCCUCACUUCCAAAAACCAGGAGCUGCAGAGUGACAUGAAGAGAGUUACCGCCGUAUUUGAGAAGCUUCAGACCUACAUCAGUUUACUGGCCUUACCGAGUGUGCAGGAGGAUGCCAUGCCUCAGAGCAGCUCCAGUGCAGUCUUCACCCAGCUGGCUGCCUCCCUGCACAGCCUUCACGACACCAUUAAAGAGAUGUCCAAGCAUUACAGCCAGAAGGCCACCCUGGAGCAAGAGCUGCCCACGGUCACUCAGAAGCUGCGCACCACUAACGAGUGCCUGCUGUCCUCACUGGGCUCCCUCACAAACAGCACCCAAAAGAUUGCGACCUUCUUCAGCAACAACCUGGACUUCUUCACCUCGUCCACCGGCUACGGCCCCAGGGGGGGCUCGGGGACCCUCAACCCGCUGCAGGCAGAGAGCAUGCUGGGUAACAAGAAGCAGGCGUCAGCCUACAUGCAAGCUGUCAGGAAGGCCAGGCCACAGUCUGUCCCCUACACCGAGGCCCUGACCAACCGCCACGUGCUGACCAGCUCCACGGAGAGUCGGGAGGGACUCACGCAGCAGGUGCUGCAGUCUCAGGAGAAGAUUGCUCGUCUGGAGCAGGAGAAGGAGCACUGGCUGCUGGAGGCCCAGCUGGGCCGCGUGCGGCUGGAGAAGGAGACCCAGCGCAUCACCGAUCUGGAGGCCCAGCUCUCCGCCGCGAUGGGGGGCGCUGCUCCCUCCACCACCCAGGCCCCCGUCACCCCCGCUGCCCACGACAGCCCCGGCUCGUCAGGGUUCCAGGACCAGGAGUUUGAGGAGAGAGGAUCCAGCAAGGAGACCACCCAGAGCUCGAGCCUGAUCGGCCUGCUGACCACCACGACUCUCAGUGAAGAUGUGAGUGAAGAGGAGUCACGAGAGCAUCUGAUCAAGUCCCACUACAUGUCGCGAGUGGCCGAGCUCACCUCCCAGCUGCAGAUGGCCGACAGCAAAGCCGUGCACUUCCACGCCGAGUGUCGUGCCCUGGCCAAGCGGCUGACCAUCGCUGAGAAAUCUCGUGAGGCCAUGACUGAAGACUUGAAGGUGGCCAAUCAAAACAUUUCACGACUGCAGGAUGAGCUGGCCACGACUAAGCGCAGUUACGAGGAUCAACUGAGCAUGAUGAGUGACCACCUGUGCAGCAUGAACGAGACCCUGAGCAAGCAGCGCGAGGAGAUCGACACGCUCAAACUGGGCAGCAAGGGAAAUUCUAAGAAGAAUAAGGGCCGAUAGUGAUGCACUCGGCCCAAGGACACCGCGAGGAAAACCGGAGGGAUAACCUAUGGGGCCAUCCAGCACUGUCCUGCCAUCCACCACCACUGCAACGAAGAGAAAGAGAGAGAGAACGAGAGAAAGAGAAAGAGAAAGACAGCGAGAUCCCACUCUCCUGCGAUUCUCUCGAUCUUGCCGGGGGGGCUCUGGGGAGUGAGUGAGUGAGUGUGCUGCUCUGCUCUCUUCGAGAGGAAAAGCCUGAUUUAUUUUUUCUUUUCUAUUUGUCCCAUCCGGUUCCAUACACACGUAUGAACUGUAUUUGUGAAGUGCUUCCUGGUGCUGGCAGGAAGCAGCUGCCCACUGCUCAGCACAUGACGCCCAGCGCAGGAGGGGCCGAGCCUGAGGAAGUGCUUAUAGGUUCAGGGGCCCCAACGCUUUACUUUACUUACUGUGUGUGUGUGUGUGUGUGUGUGUGUGUGCGCACGUGUGAGAGAGGGGAAGUGUGUGUGUGUAUGUGUGUGAGAGAAGGAGUGUGUGUGUGCAUGUGUGUGUGUGACUGAGAGAAGAGGAGGAAAAUUGUGUGAAUUGUGUGGCUAGACACACACACACACACACACACACACACACACAUCAACGUGGGAUAAAUUCAUGUCAAACACAAGGACUUUUGUCUCGGGCAUUGGGUGUGGGGUCAUUUUAAUCAUGUGAGCUUGUGGCGAGAAUUCAUUUGUUCAUUUACAUGCGUGACAGAGGCACUGUUAAGGGACUGGCAGUGACAGUUUUUUUGUAUUAAUGUAUAACUUGUAUAAAUUUUAUAUGCAGAGAUAGUUGUAGAUGAGAGCAAAUAUGUACAAUGAAUAUAAACGAACCAGUUAGUUCAUGGAAAAAAAAAAGAAUAGAUUUGCCUUUAUCUAGUUGGUAUGACAGACGAGAGACUGAUUUGGACACACACACUUACAGUACCCUCCAAAUGUUUGACUUUAGUGUGUCUGGAGAAAGUUCAAAUAGCUGUUUGCUAUUUGAUGACUAGAGGCGAAGGGAAUCUAGAGAAAAAUGAAAUUGAUGGGCCUGUUAUUCAAAGUACUUUUAAAGUAGCGCUCUCAUAACUCAACUGUUAAUGGCUGUGCACUGACUUCUGUCUUUAGAGAGGCAGUUUGAAAAUAAGAUAGGGAUCACCAAUGGAUCAAAAAGGGUUACGUAUGAAUAUACACCUCUUGGGAGGGGGGAGGGGGGAGGGGGAAAUCAUGUUUAAUAUGUGUCGUUCAGUGUGCUUUUUCUUUCUUGAAAAUGUACGUGCUACAUAGGCAUUUUAUUCAAAAGGCGCUGAAUGUUUCACUGAACCAAUGAAGCUGUUUCAUGUUGAUGUGUCGGAAAACAAACACCAUCACUAGACGUGCACAGAAAGCAGUGACGGAAUUGUGGGAGCUGCAAUGCUGCCGACAGUUUUUUUUACACCAGUGGUGAUCUGACAUUUGGAAUGGAAAUACAUCUAUUCCAUUUCAUGUUCUGUGUGGCUUAUCAACGCUAAUUUGUGUGAUGGUGUGUUGGCAAACUGUGCACACUCUCCCCCAGUUAAUUGGAAGAGUUCCCCAGCAUAACUCUUAUCAUCGUUUACACGUGAAGUCAGAUGACUGGCAAGAUAGUUUACAGAUGACAUUUUCCAGUGAAUUUCCAUGCUAUUCUUUUUUUUAUAUAGGCACAAAAAAAAGUUAACCACUGUGAGAACACAAAAUGUGAAUAGAUUGCCAACACACCUCCUUUGAGUGUCUGUGCAAAGAAAUUGUAUGUCAUUCAACUAAAAUUUCCAAAAUUAAAAUAAAAGUGCUACUCAAAAUCU